AUGUAUAGACAAAUUGCUAGAUCAUCAUUGGCUCGUCAAGCCAGAGCUAGAAUUGCUAGGUCAUAUUCCUCGGCAUCCUCAUCAUCUGCCAAGUCCUCACUCAACUCAAAGCUAGUUGCUGGUGCAGUUGUACCAAUUGCUAUGGCGGUUGGCUACUUUGCCACCACCACAUCGACUUCCUCGCCUAUUAGCAAUGACUCCACGGCUGAUAGAAUCAGAAAAGCUGUUUCCGAUGGGAAUGCGAUGGCAGAUGACCAAGCCGAAAAGUUUGCUGCUGAGCAAUCAAGGUUGAGGAAGGAAACCUCCGAUGCCAAGAUUGAAGGUCACAAGAAGCAAGCCGAAGAAAAUACCAAGGAGGCAGGCGCUACUGAUUCCAAGGACAUUGCAUCUGACUCAGACGUAAGAGACAAGGCUGCUGACGAAUUGAACGAAGACUCUAGCAGACACGCAAACAGCGACCCUAGAGUAGUUGAGGAGAAAGCAAUCAAGAAGGAGGAGAUUAGAUCCAAUAAGCAAGAGGAUGACGAGAAAAAACAAGCUGAAGAACAAGGUGACAAGAAGAAAGGUGGAGAUGAGGAAAAGGGUGAUGGCAGUGAUGAAGGUAAACAAGAAGCAGCUUACAACCCUGAAACCGGUGAGAUCAACUGGGACUGCCCUUGCUUGGGUGGUAUGGCUCAUGGACCAUGUGGUGAAGAAUUUAAAGAAGCAUUUUCUUGUUUUGUCUUUUCGGAAACCGAACCAAAGGGCAUUGACUGUAUAAAGAAAUUUGAAAACAUGAGAUCUUGUUUCAAGAAACACCCAGAAGAUUACAAAGAGGAAUUGUACACCGAUGACCAUGAGUUGGACACUGAGGCUGUUGAGCACGUUGUAUUAGAGGAAGCUGAACCAGCAGUAAAAGACAUUGAAGAUGGUCUUGAUUCAGGUAAGCUUAAGCCAAAGAAGGAAUAG